AUGGGGUUAAAAAAGGAAAAGGCGGCAAAGGUCUUGGAAAAGGAGGCGCUAAGCGUCACCGCAAAGUUCUCCGUGAUAACAUCCAGGGCCGCGCCCAAGAAGGGCUCCAAGAAAACCGUCCCCAAGACCGCCGGCAAAGGAGGCAAGAAGCGCAGAAAGGCCAGGAAGGAGAGCUACGCUAUCUACGUGUACAAGGUCCUGAAACAGGUCCACCCUGAUACCGGGAUCUCCUCCAAGGCUAUGGGCAUCAUGAACUCCUUCGUCAACGACAUUUUCGAGCGUAUCGCUGGUGAGUCCUCUCGUCUGGCUCACUACAACAAGCGCUCCACCAUUACCUCCAGGGAGAUCCAGACCGCCGUGCGCCUGCUGCUUCCCGGUGAGCUGGCCAAGCACGCCGUGUCCGAGGGUACCAAGGCCGUCACCAAGUACACCAGCUCCAAGUAAAGCGCCUUAGUCGCUCUAGCA